GGGAAAAAUGACGACGUCCUCAGAAAAUAUGCAAAUUAUGAAUGGCGUGGAAGUGCCACCGUUCAGAAAUUUUCACGAGUUUCUGCUGGAAACCGAUCGAUACGAGCGUCCACCAUUUAACGACUUCAAGAAAUGGAACAAUCGAAUAAUCUCGAAUCUUCUGUACUUUCAAACCAACUACUUUGUUACAAUCAUCACUUUAUUCCUUCUGCACACGUUCAUCAGUAGCCAGGACAUUUUCGUCGGUCUUAUCGCCGUUGUCGCCGUAAUUGCAACUCUAAUCUUUGCUGUCUCGGCUGAUGCAAAUAUCAAAAAGUUUUAAGAUGCGCACGGAUCAUCCAUUGGUCACUCUUGGAGGAAUAAUUCUCGUUGCCUAUUUCUUCAUUUCUGUCUUCCAAUCCGUUCUUGUGGUUGCCUUUGCCUUGCUGUUCCCAGUAUUCCUGGUUCUUGUUCACGCAUCUCUUCGUCUUCGUGGUAUUGCUAACCGUGCCGCAAAUGUGAAGGAACAGCUAGGAAUCCGUACAAGUGUCAUGGGACAAAUUCUCGACAGAACUGGACUCAAUGUGAAAGUGUAGAUAUCAAUUCAAUUCCCCCCAGCCAACUUGACAUAUUCUUCUCAUGUUUCAACUCAUCCUUCUCCCAAUUUUGCCUCAAAAUUAACCAAAUUUUUACGUUCCACAAUUUUUUAAUGUAUAAUUAUUUAUUGUUCUCCGCUCAAUCAUUUUCCCCCCAUAAAUCCAUGUUUGUCAAUUCAAAUAGUAUUCGUAAUAAUGGUUUCUUUGGAAAACAGAAAAAAUCAUU